AUGCCAAAACUGCUGCUAUCUGAAAACUGGGAGGGCUGGUCUGCAUUCCACAAGCUCCUUCUUUUCCUCUUUAAUUUUUUGGCUCCGUUCUUAAAAGAGGCUGAUCUCCAACUUGCAUCUCAUGAUCUGUAUCACGGCUCCCUCCAACUCCUCCUCAUCCUUCUUCAUGAUUUCCCAGAAUUCCUUAGCGAAUACUACUUCGGUCUCUGCGAUGCCAUCCCUCCAUGUUGCAUCCAGCUUCGCAAUAUCAUCCUCAGCAUGUUCCCUAUGUCUAUCAUCCUUCCUGACCCCCAUCUAUGCAACAUCAAAUUUGACUUGAUUCCUGAAAUGGGACCGAUACCACCCAUUCUAUCAGACUUUGCCUCAGGUCUCAAAAGCGCUGAUCUCUGCAACAACCUCAAUCAAUACCUCCUUAAUCGUGGAACCCCUUCAUUCCUUACAACACUCAAAGAUCGCUUGAGGCUGCCCAGCGUGCCAGAGAGUUCAACCAAAUCGUACAACCUGUCAUUGAUAAACUCCCUUGUCAUGUACAUUGGAGUAUCGUCAGUUGCUCAGGCCAAGGCGAGGAGUGGCUUGUCUGUAUUUGUCGCGAGCAACCCUGGCGUUGUUGCUUUAUAGUAUCUUGCUGCUAAUUUAGAUGUUCAAGGCGAGUCCAACGAAUCUACUAGUUCAUAUGACAUAGAUUGACGCGUUAUUUAGGACAACACCACCUCUUGAGCUCUAUGGUUCUCCACCUGUGAUAUCCCAAUGCCCAUACCCACUGGUUCAGCUCUUUGCUUCUCCAUCUCUUUGU